GGGGUCAAACUGUCGUCAAGACGUUUCCAGGAAGCAGUAGAUAGGGGCAGUUGAGUCGACAUUUGUUGUUGUUGUCACUUCCACUGUGUCCACUGCCUGUCUGACAGUCUGGUCCGCGGACCAGCACAGUGUUUUCUCGGUGUAGGUUUAAGUUUCUCCACCGGCGGAUGAAUGGCAAUGGCGGCAGUGAGAGCGGUGGCAGCGGGGGGCCCGGCGUCUUUGUCCCGGUUUAGGGGAGCGCUGGUUGCGGCUGUGUUGGGUGACUGUGUCGGCGGAGAGUUUGAAGGGGCAGAGGAGGUUCCCAUGGAGAGUGUGCUGCAGCACCUGAACAGCCUGGACGACGAGACUAAAGGAAAUGGCAUUCUUGAGUACAGUGAUGACACGGCAAUGGCACGUUGUGUGGUCCAGUCUCUACUCACCCGUACUGGUUUUGAUGAGCAGGACAUGGCUCGCAGGUUUGCUAAGGAGUACAGUGCAUCCCCUGGUCGUGGUUAUGGUUCUGGAGUGAUCCAGGUGCUGAAGAAGCUGUCUUCUCCCCAGCUCAGUGAUGUGUACCAGCCAGCCAGGGACCAGUUCAAUGGUCGGGGGUCAUUUGGAAAUGGUGGGGCCAUGAGGGCGGCUCCCUUUGCACUGGCUUUCCCUGACCUGGCUGAUGUCAAAAGGUUUGCUCGUCUGGGCGCCAUGCUGACCCACUCCUGCUCUCUGGGUUACAAUGGAGCAGUGCUGCAGGCGCUAGCUGUGCACCUCUCCCUGCAGGGAGCACUAGACUUACCUCAGCAGUUCAUUACCAGGCUAAUCACAGAGAUGGAGGAAGUGGAGGCUGAUGAGGCUGCACGCAAUGAUGCCAGAAUCCUAAAGGAAGCAGAGAAGCCAUUCUGUGAGCGCCUCCACAGAGUUAGAGACCUGAUGGACAGGAGCAAGGUUAGCAUUGAGGAGGUCAUCUCUGAACUGGGUAAUGGCAUCGCAGCGCUCCACUCAGUCCCCACUGCUAUCUUCUGUGUCCUCCACUGCCUGCAGCCAAGGGAAUGCCUUCCAGAGAACUACGGCGGCCUGGAGAGGACAAUAGCGUACAGCUUGGCCCUGGGAGGGGACACAGACACCAUAGCCUGCAUGGCUGGGGCCAUCGCUGGGGCACACUAUGGCAUCGAGGCCAUCCCACAGUCAUGGAUGAAGUGCUGUGAGGGGGCGGAGGAUGCAGACAUGAACGCAGAGCGGCUUCACAUGCUGUACCACCAGUUGUCACAGGGGGGCGGGAGUGGGACGGGGGAGAAAAGCUGUGAAUUGGAAUCUGAGAGCAAGUCACACACUUCUAAUGGGACAGAGAAGAAAGAUGAAGCAGAGUGAGGCUUCAGAUGGAUUUUGACAAAAGGACUGUCACACACAGACAUACACAGACACACAUUAAACAUACACAAGAGACACUUUGACAUUUUCCAGUUCAUAUUUCUUUGGUUGGAAGAACCCUUUUGGUUCCAGCAGGUAUUGAGACCUGCAGGCAGAAAUGGAAAAACUACUUGUUUCAAAAUGUCCACAAGUCAUUUGUCAAGAAACAGCAUAUGAAAUCUGACCAAGCAAAGUCAAAUCCUUAUUUUGAAAAGAUGACAAUUUUACAUCUGGAGACAAACUAACUCCAGUCAAACAUAACUUAUGUUUGCAGAUUCAUACACAAAACACUAUCUCCCACAUCUCCCUCCCCUGCUCUUUCCUGUUUUGUGUUAAACAAUCUUUUGUCAUGUGAAAGUUGCACUAAAAAAUUGGCCAUUUCUUUAUCCUUUUGCUGGGUAACAUUUAUUUAAUAAACUUUUUUUUUUAAGUUCACACAAUCUGCACGAGUGUUUACUUGUUAUUACAAAGGUGUAGGGCCACCAUUAUUCUGAAUUUUAGACUCCAAAAGAACAUUUGUUGUAGGAAGGUCAGCUCCUUCAAGAUAUUAUUAAUCUUGUAGACCAGUACCCACUCACAGUGGAUUAAGAUAAUAACAAAAUAUAAAGCAUUUAAACUGAAUCAUGCUCUAUACUGAAUGUGGCAAGAUAUGUGGGACAGAGUUAGAAAACAAGACUAAAACUCCAUGAAUCUGCAGCCAUGCCAGCAGCUCUGUGAAGUUUUGCUAAUGCACAGCAGUGCAGUAAGAUAAAUGCUAUCAACAAGACACUACCAUGCUCACAAUGACAGUACUAACAUGCUGAUGUUUAGCAGGUAUAAUUUUUAUCUGUUUACCAUCUUAGUUCAGUGUAUUAGCACUAA